AUGCCGCAUAUCCUCACACAUCCGCCCGGCGUCCCUCCUUCCUUCCCACACGUUACGCCGCCGGGAUCAAUUGUCCGCUUUAAUUUUCUACUGAUCAGAACUGGUGUUAUUAUUCCACAGAAGGUUUUCUUUGCUCGAGCUAAGCAUUCUGGAAUUGAUGGAACAUUUAACCAACGGCUGGUGCCUCCGAUCUUGAUGGCAGCGGAAAAGGAAGAAGCCAAGGCUGUGCUUACAUUAUUCCUGAAGAAACAAGGCUUGAGCAAUAUAGUUGCGGCAAGAACUAUCAACAAGUCGGAUGCUUUUGUUGAUCACCUUGUGUCACGGCUUCACUCUGUUCAUAGGUCUCGGUACUUAGUAGGCCGGGAGCUCACAACCCUCGAGAUCCGAGAGGCCCUCAUCCCAUACCUUGAAUCACUCCACGAUGAGCACCAAGCCACCCUGGUAGACGUCGUGGAGAAUUUCCCCGACCCACCAAUCAAGGAAAAACACGAAGAGAUAGUUCACAAACAACCCAUUCCAGAAAUCCUGGGCUCGUCAUCCCCUUCCACCCAAACACCCAACUCCUUAAGGCUCAAAGCUUUGGCCCGUGUUACCGACAUUGGGAAACUUCCAUCUCACGUCAACUACCUCCUAGAGCUCGGCAUGGAACUGGAAGCCAUUACGGAAAUUAUACGGAAAUUCCCAGCCUUUGCCUACUACAGCCUGGACGGCAAAAUAAAGCCCGUGGUUGAGUUCCUUCUCGACCUGGGCAUUCCCAAGCAAGACAUACCCACUAUCCUAACCAAAAGGCCGCAACUUUGCGGGAUUAGCCUCACCGAGAAUCUCAUUCCCACAAUGGGCUUUCUCGAGGAGCUAGGCGUGGACAAGCGGCAGUGGGCCAAGGUGAUAUGCCGUUUCCCACCGCUUCUCACUUACAGCCGUCAAAAAUUGAGAUCGACCGUAGAUUUUCUCUACGAGAUGGGCCUCUCGUCCGAGAACGUGAGCAAGGUCCUGACCCGGUCCCCAAGCAUCAUAAGCUACAGCGUGGAGGAUAAGCUGAGGCCCACGGCCGAGUAUUUCCAGUCUUUGGACGUGGACGUGGCUGUGCUACUCCGCAAGUCGCCCCAGACAUUUGGGCUUAGUAUGGAGGGUCAUUUGGUGCCAGUCACGAAUUUUUUCCUGGAGAGGGGUUACAGUCUGGGUGAUUUGGCCACUAUGACGUCGAGGUAUGGGGUGCUGUACUCGUUUAGCUUGGCCGAUAACCUAAUGCCGAAAUGGGAGUUUUUUCAGACCAUGGAUUACCCCAAGUCGGAGCUAGUUAAGUUCCCACAGUAUUUCGGGUAUAGCUUGGUAGAUAGGAUCAAACCUAGGUAUGAGAUGUUGAGGCAGUCUGGGGUUAAGGUGCUGCUUAAUCAGAUGUUAUCGCUCAAGGUGAUCGACUUCCAAAAGCUUUUGAAGAGAAAGAUGCAGAAGGAAGUUAAUGAGUAG